ACUCUUCGAUAUAGACGGCGAGAUAGCGUCGCGGACAAAUUCAAGUAUCCGGAUCGGGAAUCUUGGGCACGAAUGACCCUCUCUGAUGCUCAUGCAAUUCAGCUCUCUUUGGCCGAAUUGGAGUUUCCCAAAGUCUUCUCUAUCGCAGUAUUCUUUGCCUUGUUUAAGACGUAUGGUAUUCCGACUAUUUCCAAUCUCCUGGUAGCGACGGGACAGCUUUCAAGUCCAACUACAGCAUCCAAACGCGCUGCGGAUACAGGCGUAAUCAUCACCGAGGUCGUCCUAAACAGGCCGGAUUCAUCACGGACUAUCGAUGGCAUAGCACGCAUGAAUUACCUACAUGGCAGGCACAUGAAGGCUGGCAAAAUCUCCAACGAUGACAUGCUUUAUACUUUAAGUCUUUUCGUUUUAGAGCCUAUUAGAUGGACUUCAAGAUUCGAAUGGCGACACAUAACAGACUUAGAGAGGUGCGCAAUGGGCGUUUACUGGAAGGACUUGGGCGAAGCCAUGAACAUUUCCUACCAAUCACUUACUUCCAGUGAAUGGCAGGAUGGCUUCCACUGGCUUGAAGAGCUUGAAACUUGGAGCCUUAGGUAUGAGAUGCAGAAGAUGGUUCCUGACGACGCGAAUGCGAGGCUCGCCCGAGCUACUUUCGAUAUCGCGUUAUUCAAUCUACCAAAAUCGUUCAAGCCCCUUGGCUACAAGAUUGCGUCAUCUCUACUAGAGCCACGACUCCUCAAAGCUAUGAAACUAGGAGAACCUCCAGCUUUGUACGCGAGUACACUUAAUGCCAUUGUGGGAAUCCGGAAGUUCAUCCUACGCCACUUCUUCCUGCCGCGGCCAUAUUCCCAGCGCGUCAAGUGGUUUUCGCAGUCCGACCCACAUACCGGUUGCUCUAAUUUCAUGAGGUAUACUGCUCAUCCUUGGUAUAUCAAGCCAUCACUUUCAGCAAGGUGGGGAUGGAAAGCUUGGCUGAUUUGGCUUGCUGGCGGCGUUCUCCCGGGCGACGAGAAGUACUUUCCUGGCGGUUAUCAGAUAGGUACGCUGGGACCUACAGCACUUGCAUCCAAGGGUGGAGCGGAGAUGGGAAAGACGCGUGAAGAAUUGAAGGCUAAGAGAGCUGGAUGUUGCGUUCACAGAUAGCUAGGUAGUCAUAUUAUCAACUAUCGAU